AUGCAGCGUGUGGCGUCGGCUCGCCCGUACUCUGUGGCAUCCGCCCGCGCCAAGAGUCAGUUGAAGCGUGCGCUUACGGCCAAAAGCCUUUUGGCCCGCCAGCGGCGAGUGCAGCAGGUCCUGGAGCUGAAGGUUCUGCAGCCGACCGAUGCUGAGACAAACCAGCUGCUCGUCAUUGCUGCCAGGCAGCUCAAGGAGCGUGCCGCCGCCCUGGUGUCUGGGGAGGCUGACACAGGCAGUGGCGGUUCCGCAGGCGGUGCGACUGGCGGCUGCGAAGCAGAGGGCAGUCGCUGUGCUGGUGGUGGGGGCACUGACCUGGCUGGCGGUUCCGCGGAAGGUGGAUCCCCGAGUGCGCUGCCACAAGUCGACCCUGCUAGCUGCGGGCGCGCGCCCGACUCGCGUGGCUACGACUGGAUCCGGAAGGCCAAUGAUGAAAAGGAUCGGGCAGCGAGGCGAGAAAUUAGUGAACUGACAACAAGAGUUACAGCAGCUGGAGGUUUCCAGCUUGGAAGCACGAUCGUUCCGCUUUGCCACGUACACGAGCUGGUGGCUGGAACAAAGCUUUUCUCACCAAGCUUGUCUACGAGCGCCGUGUGGCCGAAACCUGGAGCAUCAGGCAGUCAUACGACGAAACUUCUCGUCAAGCGAGGAACUGUCCUGGACGUGGCUGUGGAGGAAGCACUGCGUGGUCAGAAAGUGGUGGCCGUAAAUGCAGCGUCUGCCUACCAUGCUGGCGGAGGGUUUCAAACUGGCGGGCGCCAUGCGCUGGAAGAAGCCAUGUGCAUUCAAAGCACGCUUUACGCCUCCUUGGCAAAAGGCAUCGAGUUGGCCGAGCAGGCAAAAAUCAGGGUACCGCCGUGGGUUCAACCGCCCAGGAGGCCCAAGGACGGUCAGGAUUGGGUGUCGCAUCUUCCCGACGACGGAGCGCUUCUUUCGCCAUCUGUGGAGGUCUUCCGCAGCGGGACCAACGACGGCUACGCAUUCCAGGAGAAGGCGGUCUGCCUCGAGGCGGUGGUGUCCGUGGCCAUGCCAAACUGCAAUGCCAAGAUGUCGGACAGCCCGGUGGAUGCGCAUCCAGACCAGGAGAAGUACGCCGAGCAGCUUGCCGAUAAAUGGCGGGCGGUCAUGGCAGCGGCAUCAUCAAGAGCCGAUGCGAACGUUCUGGUAGUUCCCGAUGCAGGCUGUGGCGUAUUCUUCAACCCACCAGAGAAAGUUGGUCAAAGCUUCGGAAAGGUCUUGCGGGAUGAGUUUUCAGGACGCUUCGAAGGUGUUAUCAUCGCCUUCCCAGGAGGUAAAGCCGGCGAGGCUUUUGCAGCUGCAGCUGUCGAAGUCUUCGAAGAGAGCUUCGAGACAUUGCAGCCUCAGCAGAUCGGGAAUCGGUCCGUCCUCACAAGUUACGUGCUUUUUCGACUGGCGACUGUUGUCAUGAUUGUCACGGCGAAGUUCCGGGUAAGGAUCAACAUCAUCCGUGCCCACAACCUGCGCCCAGCAGACUUGGCGUUGAUCGGCCAAAGCAAGUCCGAUCCAUACUGCAUUUGCAGACUCGCCGGGCGGCCGGAGACAGAAGUCCGCACUCAGACAGUCAUGAAGACGCUGGACCCUGUGUGGAAGUUUGACUGCGAGAUGGCCUCUAUGAAACUCUCAGACACCAUCGAGUUCCAAGUCAUGGACUACGACGCGAUUGGGUCUGACGAUCUUCUUGGUACUCUAGAGCUCACUUUUGAUCAGAUUUAUCCUUCUGGGGUUGAUGACACUUUGGAGUUGACCGACCCAGCAAGAAAGGAUGGCAAGGUCGCAACCAUCAAGCUCAAGAUCAUGCCUGAGCCGAUCCAGAUGCCAGUCCGUGACACCCGGUGCUGGGUGACUGUUCAGAGAGCAGAGGGCCUUCGAGCCGCAGACUGGAGCCUGGUAGGUGGUGGCAAAUCGGAUCCUUAUUGCAUUGUCGGCAUUCCUCACAAGAAGCAUUCCACAUGGAGAACUUGCAUCUUGUACAAGGAGCUCAACCCGACGUGGGAUGAGGAGGAUGAGAUGAUCAACUACGAGCCGGGUGACAACCUAAAGUUCCAAGUCAUGGACUACGACAAAAAAGAUCAAGAUGACCAUCUCGGAUCAGCCCUGCUACAAAGCGGCGAUUUCCAUCCAGAUGGUUUCGAAGGUGAGCUAAGCAUCGGUGAAGGUACUUUGCAUGUCAAGGUCGACAUCGAGCUGCCUGAAGAAGACGAGGAAGUGAAUGAUCCGGCCAGCCACGUAGGUCCGCGGGAUCGCGAGCCGGCACCCUUCCAGCUUCGCAGCAUGGACACGCAUCGCUCGCACAGACUUGUCGCCUACACCAGGGUGGGCCGAAGCAGACGAUUGCUCGAAGAAAAGAUCGACCUCGUGCUCGACUCGCCGGGGAACUGCGAUGUGUCUCGGCUGCAUGCGAUCAUCAAGUGCUGGAGAGGGCCAGAUCCCAACACCUGGCUCGCUCGGAUAUAUGAUGAGAAGGGCAUCGAGGGUGGCCCGGGUGCAGGGCCCGGUGGCGGGCACUCCGGGGGUGGCACUACCGUGGACGGCGAGAUGGUGGACCCGAUUUUAGGCACGGCUCUCGAAACCGGCAGCGUACUGCGGUUUGGGGUUCGGGAGAUGUGGGUAUUCGAGCGAGCACCCAUGCACCUCCGCAGCCAGGAUGCAGAAAUAGCCUGCAACCGAGCUGCAGCCAACUCACAAGAGGAUCCGGCAUUGAUAAGAUCAUUGAAGAUUCCUAGCAAUGCUGUGGACUCGGCGCUCCAGCGCUGCCCUGACUGGUUCUCGAUCGUGAGAGUUGUCUUAGAGUGCCGGUUGGAGCCCGACGAGCCAGCCUGUGUGGACUGCAUCGAAACCCAAGAUGAGUGCGGGCGGACUGUUGGAAGACACGAAGCCUACACGUUGGUCGCACAGCAAAAGUACGACAUACACAGGAUCCUUCGCGAGAUCAAAGUCGGCGGCACCGUUCGAUUGCGCCUCUCGAAUGAUCCGAAGCUCCUGGCACCCAUACUGGAGUACUUGGAUAAGACCAUCACAUAUCCUGCCGGCGCAGCCCUUCUGAUGUCGGCUUUCGCCUCCCAGCUGUUGGCGACCCCGCAGUCGUAUUUGCAGCAAGAGCUGUGGAGAUGUGCUCUCUCAUAUUGUGACUUCCAGGGGGACUCAGACAACGACUGCAUCAGACUGUUUUGUGGGGACCGCCUUCCUCCCGACAUUGCCAGCGAAUUUGUGGAAGUCGACUCGACAAAUGGUUUCUGGGAAUGUACGAGUUCGUCUCCUGAUGCAGUCAAGUUCUUUCAGGAGCUUUGCGCUCGUGAGACCUCAGCGUUGCGACUCGUCGGCCGGUUGCGUCGCGGCGGUGUGGCAGAGGCCGAGCUGGAGCUGGCUUUUCGUGGCACCGACCGUAUUGCCAACUGGCUUACGAACUUCACCACCUCGCUGGUGCCUUGUGAGGUUGGCAGCCAGGCUGGCAUGGUCCACCAAGGGUUCCAGAAAGCUUAUCUCAGUCUUCGAACUGUACUGCUGGACAAGAUCCACGACUGCUUGAAAGAACAUGGCCUGACCCAACAAGCUUCCCUCCACAUGCGCGUCACGGGGCACAGUCUCGGCGGUGCCUUAGCCAUGCUGUGUGCCUACGAUUUUGUGCACAACUACGGUUGGAAAGCUUGGUGUGUGACCUGGGGGACCCCGCGUUUGGGCGAUGCAGCCUUCGUGGCAGCCUUUCAGAGGCUAGAUGUGGUGGCCUGCUUGCCUGCCAACCCCAAAGACCCGAACGAUAACAAUAGAAAGGUGAGCACCGUUCUAUCCACUGCCUUCUCACCGCUGCAAAAGGCCAUGCAGGCUCAUGAUUACAGGCAUGUCUGCACCGCGAUCAUACUGGACCCCACCACAAGCAAGUCGCUCCACAUGAUGAUUGCCGGGAUGGAGGUGGCGGCGCUUGGGCGCGAGGGGCAGUCCGGAAGCUUGGGAAGCGUAGCAGAACAUGUUGCCCGCCCUCAUUUCAUCCCCUGCUAUGCCGAACAUCUGGCUGCGGCGGUCGCUGCGCAAGCAGCUGCAUUCGAGGCGCAGUCUGAAAAUGCUUGGGCCACACUCCCAUCUGUUGGAACCUGGCUCAACCCACUGCCCUGGGAGGCCAGCGAGGUUGCAGCAAACGGUGGAGGCAAGUCAGAGAGCACUGCCUUUGACACACGCGAGUUUCUCAACUACGGCUCAUCCUUGCUCUCGGACUUUCGUGGACGGGGUCCUCGAGUGCUGGUCGACCUGCAUGACCAGCUAGGCAGCUAUACGAAGAAACAGCUGGAAGCGAUGGGAGUUGAAUCGAACAAAAUCGCGAGACUCGCCAGACAUGAAGUGAUCUCGAAAGUACCCUUGGAAACGGUCUUGAGAUCCGGCCCGGAACUGCUUCACACGGAAGCCGGCCAAGCUCUACUCAGGCAGGGCCAAGAGCAACUGCUCACGAUGCUCCCCAUGCUGACUUUGGCUGCGCAGAAAGACGGCGUGGAGUGCAUAGCCGCCAUGGCCAUAUGGGGUGGUUGCGUGCAGGGAACGGACUCUCGGCAGUAUGAGCUCCCUUGCUUGGCCCUUGUCACAUCUUCCUUUGCUCUGACGGCUCCGCGCAGUCCUGGCACAGGUGUUGCAUCAAAGCUACUCGCAUGGAGCCGGGCGAAGGUGAAGCGCGCAGAGGGAACGGGGAAGAAUUGCCCAGACUUCAUUUUAGCUGAGUGGGGGUUCGGGAUGCGGAGACCGAUCCAGCAACUGGGUAGCGAGAUGGAAUUGCUGCGAAACUGCCUGGCUUCCUUCAACAUUUCCAACCUAGCGGACCGCGAGCUUGCGUAUCGUCCUGCGGUCGAAGAGAAGGCAGUGGCAGAGCACGGAAAAGCGAAGGAACAGUGCAUCCAGCUGCUCUACAGCGAGGCGGCUCGAGAGAAGCUGCGAGCUGCCGGCAUCCACGUGGACGAUGACGAGGAUGUCGACUUAGAGCAGGUGCUUUCCCAAGGGCAAGACCUGCUGAAGACGGAGGAAGGUCGCGAAGUGCUUCGCACGGCGCAGGCGCAGGCCUUGAGUUUGCUGGCCAUGCUGAAUGCCAAAGCAAACGGCACAGGGCUUGAUGCUCAGGCCGCCGAGCUGUUGAGCCAAUUGCAGAAGUCCCGCAAGGGUGCUGCAUUGAUCUCCUGGGGCCAAAGGACUUUGGACACGGCACACCAGGACCCAGAGACACUUCAGGGUCUUCUCACCUCCUUGGACCUCUCCAAGGCCGGCGACUGGACUGGCCGAUGCCGCGAGUUGCUCACCAGUGGAGCGGCGGGCCUAGGCCUCGUCUGGGUGGAUGGGAAUUUGAAGCUGGACACUUUGAUUGAGAAAGGGCAGAAGUAUAUGCACACGGACUCCGGAACGAAGUUCCUACGAGAAGCGCAGAAGAAGGCACUCCUUUUCAUUCCUCGCCUGGAGUCUGAGUCUGGCCUGCUCCAACACGCAAGCAAGCACAUCCAGAAGCUGGAGAGCUCCGACAGUACAAAGAGCCGGCAGCUGCUGGAGCAGGGCCGGACCCUUUUGGCCUCUGCCGAGGAGGACCCAGAUGCACUGAAGAAAUGGCUCGCAACCAUAGAGGCAUCUCAAGCUCAAGAGUGGCAGCAAUGGGGCAGCCAAGUGGUUGCCAACGAAGCUGGACAGCGUGAUGCCUUUCUUAAGACGGUGACAGACACUUGCCUGGAGUUUUUGUCGGAGCAGCUUAAGGUCAUCAAGGUGCCCAAGAUCGAAAGCGAUUGUGAUGCGUCAGACUACGAGUAUUCCAUCGACAACAUUGAUCUGUCUUCCUGUGCAGUUGACAAGGAUGGCUUUCGAAUCGAGCUGAAGCCACCCGGCGCACAAAGCAAUGACUCCAUCGAGAACGUCCCUGCUCAGGAAGGGUCAGGAGAUGCACAAAGUGGCACCCUGAAUCCGGCAGAAGGAGAGAGCGCCCCUUCCUUGAUGAGCACGGGUGAAAUUCUCCGCGUGACGGCGUGGGACAUGAAGGUUCAUAUUCCGGAGAUGAAGUGGAAGUAUGCGCAGAAGAAAUUUCCAUACUUUAAUGGCCAUGGUGCGGCAGCAACUACAGCACACGGCGCUCAAGUGAUCCUGGCGUUCGAACUCCGCUCCGCCAAGGUGAAUGGUGCUCUGGUGCCACGUCUUGCACUUGCAUUCAGUCGGGUCGUUAUCGACAAGCUGGACCUUCGCUUUCAAGACUCGUCAUUUAGCUGGCUGUACAACACGCUCGGCUAUCUUUUCCAAGACGCCGUACGAGACUAUGUAGUUCAAAGCCUUGCGGCCGCAGUGAACGCAAACAUUGCCUCGCUGCUGGAGCCGCUGAACCGAUAUUUGCACCCCUACUGGCCUUUGGUGCUCUCCACGGUCGCCAUCCCACUGGCGGAGCUGCCCCAGUGCGGCACAGAGGAGUAUGUUGUGGAGCUGGGCCUAGAGACGGAGGAACCGAUUGGCUGCGACUUUGUGGACGCGGAAGAUGGGCUGGUGCUUCUAGCCUUAGAGGAAGGAGGCCCGCUCGAGCGCUGGAACGAAACGGCGACAGAGCAGCGUAAGGUUUGUAUCAAUGACCUCCUCGUCGAAGUGGACGGUUUACGCAAGCAGGACAUUCCCGAUGCGCUUGACAGACGACCUCUCCACGAGCUGGUCUUCCGCCGAAUGCCCAAGCAGGAAUUGCCGCCUCUCGACGACAUGCAGAUUGAAUCGCUCGAUGAUUUCUUGGGCUCGCAAAUGCCCGCUGUUAUGUAG